GAGGGUGGGGCUUUGUGGAGUGCUGGGGAACUUUUCCCCUUCUUGAGGCUCGGGGAAAGGGAAUGCCCAAUUCAGAGAGACAUGGGGCCAAGAAGGACGGGAGCGGAGGAGCUUCUGGAACUUCGCAGCCGUCAUCGGGAGGUGGCAGCUCCAACAGCAGGGAGCGUCACCGCUUGGUGUCGAAGCACAAGCGGCAUAAGUCCAAGCACUCCAAAGAUAUGGGGUUGGUGACCCCCGAAGCAGCAUCUUUGGGUACAGUAAUCAAACCUUUGGUGGAGUACGAUGACAUCAGCUCUGAUUCAGACACCUUCUCGGAUGACAUGGCCUUCAAAUUAGACAGGAGGGAGAACGACGAGCGUCGCGGGACGGAUCGGAGCGACCGCCUGCACAGACAUCGACACCACCAGCACCGGCGGUCCCGAGACUUGCUAAAAACUAAACAGACCGAAAAAGAAAAAAACCAGGAAGUCUCCAAAUCUGGAUCUGUGAAGGACCGGAUAUCGGGAAGUUCAAAGCGUUCGGUGGAGGGGAAUGAUGACUAUGGGAAGGCACAAAUAUCCAAAAGCAGCAGCAAGGAAUCCAGGUCAUCCAAACUCCACAAGGAGAAGACACGGAAAGAACGUGAGUUAAAGUCUGGACACAAGGACCGGAGUAAAAGUCAUCGGAAAAGGGAAACACCCAAAAGUUACAAAACGGUGGAUAGCCCAAAGCGGAGAUCCAGGAGUCCCCAUAGGAAAUGGUCUGACAGCUCCAAGCAAGAUGACAGUCCUUCAGGAGCUUCUUAUGGCCAAGACUAUGACCUUAGCCCCCCAAGGUCUCACACUUCUAGCAAUUAUGACUCCUACAAGAAGAGCCCUGGGAGUACCUCAAGAAGGCAGUCAAUCAGCCCACCUUACAAAGAGCCUUCUGCUUACCAGUCCAGCACUCGGUCACCCAGCCCCUACAGCCGACGACAGAGGUCUGUGAGUCCCUAUAGCCGGAGACGGUCAUCCAGCUAUGAAAGGAGUGGCUCUUACAGCGGGAGAUCGCCCAGCCCCUAUGGUCGAAGGCGAUCUAGCAGCCCUUUCUUGAGCAAGAGGUCUCUGAGUCGGAGUCCAAUCCCCAGUAGGAAAUCCAUGAAGUCCAGAAGCAGAAGUCCUGCAUAUUCAAGACACUCGUCUUCUCAUAGUAAAAAGAAGAGAUCCGGGUCACGCAGCCGUCAUUCCAGUAUCUCACCUGUCAGGCUUCCAUUGAAUUCCAGCCUGGGAGCAGAACUCAGUAGAAAAAAGAAGGAAAGAGCAGCUGCUGCAGCAGCAGCAAAAAUGGAUGGAAAAGAUUCCAAGGGUUCACCUAUAACUUUGACUAAAAAAGAUAAAGUUGAGGUGAAGGAGUCAGGGUUAGAGUGUAAAAAGUUACCCAGAGGUAUAAAGUCAGAAAAAUCUACCCCAGAUACUGAACUGGUAAAUGUGGCACAUUCAAACACAGAGGUAAAAAAUUGUUUAGAUACAGGGAAAGUUAAGUUGGAUGAAAACUUGCAGAAGCAUCCUGUUAAGGAUUUGAAAGCACAGGGAACAAAAGACGCUAAGCCUGUAGCACCGAAGGAAGUAAUUGUUACUUCAAAGGAGACAGAGACAUCAGAAAAAGAGGCCCUUCCACCUGUCCUCACAGUUACUUCUCCACCCCCUUUACCGUCCACUACCCCUCCACCUCAGACACCCCCUUUGCCACCCUUGCCUCCACUACCAGCUGUUCCCCUGCAGCCUCCUCUGCCUCCUCCCCAGCCACCAUUUAGUCAAGUUCCUGUUUCUAGUACUUCAAUUUUGCCCUCAUCUCCUCACCCAAGGACAUCUACUCUAUCCUCUCAGACAAAUUCUCAGCCCCCUGUACAGGUUUCUGUGAAGACUCAAGUAUCUGUAACAGCUGCUAUUCCACACCUGAAAACAUCAACAUUGCCUCCUCUGCCCCUCCCUCCCUUGUUACCUGGAGAUGAUGACAUGGAUAGUCCAAAAGAAAUGCUUCCUUCAAAGCCUGCAAAGAAAGAGAAGGAACAGAGGACCCGCCACUUACUCACAGACUUGCCUCUUCCUCCUGAGCUACCAGGUGGAGAUCCAUCUCCCCCGGAUUCUCCAGAGCCAAAGGCAAUUACACCACCUCAACAACCGUAUAAAAAGAGGCCCAAAAUUUGUUGUCCUCGUUAUGGAGAAAGAAGACAAACAGAAAGUGAUUGGGGGAAACGAUGUGUGGAUAAGUUUGACAUUAUUGGAAUUAUUGGAGAAGGAACCUAUGGCCAAGUAUAUAAAGCUAAGGACAAAGACACAGGAGAACUAGUAGCUCUGAAGAAGGUUCGGCUAGACAAUGAGAAAGAGGGUUUCCCAAUCACAGCUAUCCGGGAGAUUAAAAUUCUUCGUCAAUUAGUCCAUCGAAGUGUUGUUAACAUGAAGGAAAUUGUCACAGACAAACAAGAUGCACUGGAUUUCAAGAAAGACAAAGGUGCCUUCUACCUUGUAUUUGAAUAUAUGGACCAUGACUUAAUGGGACUGCUAGAAUCAGGUUUGGUGCACUUCUCUGAGGACCAUAUCAAGUCAUUCAUGAAACAACUAAUGGAAGGAUUGGAUUACUGUCACAAAAAGAAUUUCCUCCAUCGGGAUAUUAAAUGUUCUAACAUUUUGCUGAAUAACAGUGGGCAAAUCAAACUUGCAGAUUUUGGACUUGCUCGGCUCUAUAACUCUGAAGAAAGUCGUCCUUAUACAAACAAAGUCAUUACUCUGUGGUAUCGACCUCCAGAACUGCUGCUAGGAGAGGAAAGAUACACACCAGCUAUUGAUGUUUGGAGCUGUGGAUGCAUCCUUGGGGAACUGUUCACAAAAAAACCUAUUUUUCAAGCCAAUUUGGAACUGGCUCAGCUAGAACUGAUCAGUCGUCUCUGUGGUAGCCCUUGUCCAGCAGUGUGGCCUGAUGUUAUCAAGCUGCCCUAUUUCAACACCAUGAAACCGAAGAAACAAUAUAGGAGACGUCUCAGAGAAGAAUUCUCGUUCAUUCCUUCAGCAGCGCUUGAUUUAUUAGACCACAUGCUGACGCUUGACCCCAGCAAGCGUUGCACAGCUGAACAGACCCUGCAGAGUGACUUCCUUAAGGAUGUGGAACUCAGCAAAAUGGCACCUCCAGACCUACCUCACUGGCAGGAUUGCCAUGAAUUGUGGAGUAAGAAACGUCGACGCCAGCGACAAAGUGGUAUUGUAAUAGAGGAGCCACCACCAUCCAAAACCUCUCGAAAAGAAACUACCUCAGGGACAACAGCUGAGCCUGUGAAGAACAGUAGCCCAGUACCCCCUCAGCCUGCUCCUGUCAAGGCAGAGCCUGGUCCCGGGGAUGCAGUAGGCCUUGGUGACAUCACACAGCAGCUGAAUCAAAGUGAAUUGGCAGUGUUAUUAAAUCUGCUACAGAGCCAAACUGACCUGAGCAUCCCUCAGAUGGCACAGCUGCUUAAUAUCCACUCCAACCCAGAGAUGCAACAGCAGCUGGAAGCCUUGAAUCAAUCUAUUAGUGCACUGACUGAAGCCAGUUCCCAGCAGCAGGACUCAGAAUCCAUAGCCCCAGAGGAAUCAUUGAAGGAGGUACCCUCUGUAUCAGUGGUCCUGCCUUCAGCAGAACAGACAACCCCUGAAGCUUCAAACACAACAGCUGACAUGCAGAAUAUGUUGGCAGUUCUCUUGAGUCAGCUGAUGAAAACCCAAGAGCCAGCAGGUAACCUGGAGGAAAACACCAGUGACAAGAAUAGUGGGCCACAGGGACCCCGAAGAACUCCUACAAUGCCACAGGAGGAGGCAGCAGCAUGUCCUCCUCACAUUCUUCCACCAGAGAAGAGGCCCCCUGAGCCCCCUGGACCUCCACCGCCGCCACCUCCACCCCCUCUGGUUGAAGGCGAUCUUUCCAGCGCCCCCCAGGAGUUGAAUCCCGCCGUGACAGCCGCCUUGCUGCAACUUUUAUCCCAGCCUGAAGCAGAGCCUCCUGGCCACCUGCCACAUGAGCACCAGGCCUUGAGACCAAUGGAGUACUCCACCCGUUCCCAUCCCAACAGGACUUAUGGAAACACUGAUGGGCCUGAAACAGGGUUCAGUGCCACUGACACUGAUGAACGCAGUUCUGGUCCAGCCUUGACAGAAUCUUUGGUCCAGACCCUGGUGAAGAAUAGAACCUUCUCAGGCUCUGUGAGCCACCUUGGGGAGUCCAACAGUUACCAGGGCACAGGGUCAGUUCAGUUCCCAGGGGACCAAGACCUUCGUUUUGCCAGGGUCCCUUUAACAUUACACUCUGUGGUUGGGCAACCAUUCCUGAAGUCUGAGGGAAAUAGCAACUCUGUUGUACAUGCAGAGACCAAAUUGCAAAACUAUGGGGAGCUGGGACCAGGAACCACUGGGGCCAACAGCUCAGGAACAGCUCUUCAGUGGGGGGGCCCAGCUCAGUCUUCUGCUUAUGGAAAACUCUACCGGGGUGCAAGAGUUCCACCACGAGGGGGAAGAGGGAGAGGAGUUCCUUAUUAACCCAGAGACAUCAAUGCCCUGAAAGAUUCCUUCCCUAUCAAUCUUUCCAUCUAGUCCUCUGAACCUUUAAUGAAAUCACUUGCCAGAGCAAGGUAAUCAUCUGUAUUUGGCUACUGCAACACUGUCCGUUGUUUUCCUUGCUCACUUGCUACUAGCAAGAGACUCAACGAUGUUGGCACCAGUUCCUCCUGGUGGGCAAUAGCCAGAAUAUUUACUUCUGCUUUAUGUAGGAGCUAUAGUAAAAAAUACGGAGAAAACCGAGACGAGACAUUCGGUUGAAUAGUACCUUAUUGCCUGCACUUGAGCAGAAAAGAGUUAUGUUUUGAGAUGGCUCUGAAAAGGCUUUGGUUUUUAAAGUUUUGUUUCGUGUGUGUGUGUGUGUGUGUGUGUGUGUGUGUGUGUGUGUGUGUACGUGGGUAUGUUUGUGUGCGGUUUCUUUUGAAUUUUUAUUUAGUUCUCCAUUCCCCUUUAAAGAGAAUAGUAUUCACAAGAUCUGAGCUCCUCUUAGGGUUUUACUAGAAGGGAAAACAGUGGCUUAAAUGUUCCCUUCCUCGCUACCAUCUCACAUUUUUGCUUCAGUGAGCACUCCCCUUACCUAUGUUAAGCAUCUUGUACAUACCUAUUCCAAAUAAAUUACUCAUCCUUAAGUUUGCUCAAUUUUGACAAAAGUUAUGUUCCUCUUCCUGCUCAUUAAAGCAGGCUGUAGAAAGUGGCAUUCUUGGGCAAGUAAGUAGAUUUUUACCCAGUCUUUGCUUUUUGCCUGUUUACAUUUUCCUCCUCCUCCCCUUCCUUUUUGUCCCUCUCUUUUUCUUAACCUAUGUGUGUCUUCCCCUCUUCUCUCCAUAUCUUUUUGAGGCAUUUGUUUAGAAGAAAAUAUAGUAAAGAUGCCCAAGAACCUGGAAUACUUUUAUUUUUUUCUUUUUUUUUUUUUUUUUUAAUAAAGGAAAGGAAAUUUAAACUCCUACAUUGUUCUCUGUAACUCUUCAAUUCUAAAAUUUUUAUUUUGUUUUUUAAGCCAGUUCUAAAUGAGAGGUUGAUUUGUAAAUGAUAGGACAUUGCUGCUGAGCUUUGGUUAGAGAUGGCACCUACAUACAUACCUAGAGGGGUAAUAAGAUCAAUAAGCAUGUUUACAUGUAUAUUUUUAUGUUUAAGGAAAAAAGCCUUUCAAACAGAGCCUUGUGAUAUUGUCAGAGGAAAAUCCUGAAAAUACAUGGACAUGUAACCUAGCUUAGGGUGUAUAUCUGAAGAUAUAUCAAUCCCCAAUACCUUCAAAGAAAAAAAUUUAAGCAGCUUACCAUGGGAAAGAACAAUAGUGAUAAAGUAUACAUCACAGCAUGUAUAGCCUACCAUUUCUUGUAAGGAUCACUUUGUGGUAAAGGGUUUAAAGUAUGAUUUCACGAACUUUGCCUUAUCAAAACAGGAAAUGGAAGAGAGAAAGGAUCUCAGAGUGAGAUAACUUGAGAAGCUUCUCAUUAAGGCUUCCAUUUCUGAGUAUCAGCAUCUGGACUAUUGUAAAAGUAUAUAUGUCAUAUAUUGGCCUGCACAGACUUAAAGAGGUUUGUGAAAUGUAGAUUAAGCUCCCUUUUACAAAGAAAAACCCAAACAUACUUGAGCAUCUUGAAGAAUAGUUUUCAGAACUGAGUGAAAUUUCAUGUUUCAAUACCAAGUUCUUAAGUUAAAAUAUAUAUUUAGAAAGGUGUAUUAAUUUUUUAAAAAUUUAAAGAGGUGAAAGAACCCUCUUCAGCUACAUAAGAAUUAUUUUCCCCUGUUACAGAAAUAGAUACCUGUGUGUAUAUUUCUUUAUUUUCUGGAUUUUGGUCUGGCUUUGCCAUAAGGCCAAACACUAAUAGUAAGUGGACCUUCUAGCCAUUUGGCUUUGAUAGCUUUUUUUAUGCCAGGAUGUUUGAUUAGAUAUCCUAGGCACAGUGAGAUGCUAUCCAUAGAUUGCAUUAAAGUUUAUCUGUACCUUCAGUCUGCUACUAGUUAGUCCUCAGACGUGGGCCUUAUUUUAGGAUAUUUUAUUGUAAGGUAUUGGGCCCCAGUCCCAUAUUUUUGAUUAAAGAAACUGAGCGGGGAUACAUACGUACAUAAGUAUCUGUUCAGUGAAAAAACUGUUUUCCCAUCAAAUAUGAAUAAAUUUCUCUAUAUAUUUUCAUUGUAUUUUGGUUAUGGACAGUCAUCAAUAAUGUUUUCCCUUCCCUUCUGCCACACUAUAUUUUUAAUUAUGCCAAAUAGUCUAAAUAAUUUACGUAAGCUUCCAUUCCCCCAUCCCUACUAGGGAAGCGGGUGAGUGUAUGUGAAUGUGUGUAUAUGUAUGUGUGAACCUGUUUCACCCCCACCCCAUUUUGGGAGUCUAGCUUUUAAAAAAUAUUUUUGUAAUAAUUUUGACCUCUUCUGAAAGCAGAGGAAAGUAACUCAUUUAAAUAUCCUGAAAUCUGUGUGGAGGAAGAAAAGGUAUUUGGUCAUUUUUCAGCUACAUUAUAUCUAUAAACAUAAUUGAAGUAAAAAAAUGGCUUAAUUUUCAACCCAACUAUUUGAAAAUUAGAAGCCUAGUUCUAUUAAAAAAUGGUUUGGGUUUUACCUAUUGUGUCAUCAAAUACAUUAGUUUGAAAGUUGAGAAAUCUAAUUCUGUUUAUGAAUAAGAGGCAAAACUGGCUUGACCAUGAUCGUCUGUGUGUGUGUGUGUGUGUGUGUGUGUGUGUGUGUGUGUGUGUGUGCGCGCGUGUGUGUGUGCAGUUUUUAAAAGCAGAUUGCUUAACCCAGUUUCCUUAGUUUUUUUCAUCUGUCUAUAGGGAUAAGAACUCACAAAUUAUAUAACAGCUGUGUAUUUACAAAAGGGCAGUUAGCAACAAGUUUGUAUGUAGGACUUUUGUUAGCUUAUAAUCAUCACUCUGUGUGUGUGUGUGUGUGUGUGUGUGUGUGUGUGUGUGUGUGUGUGUGUGUGUGUGUAAUAUGCAUAUAUAGGUACAGUGCUUAACUGGUUACCAGCAGGUUUUGAGAGAGAAUGGUGCAUUGGAAAAGUGUCAGUUGCCAACUCAUUCUCCCUGAUUUAUAGGUUCCUGACACUGUAUUCCUUUCUCUCUCUUGAUUUUGGCCCCCAUUGGGUGUACCUUGUCUAUGUACAGAUAUUUUGUAAUAUAUUAAAUUUUUUCUUUCAGUUUAUAAAGAUGGAAAGUGGAGAUUGGAAAAUUAAAUAUUUCCUGUUAAUAUA